CAGCUCUCCGCGUGAGUUCCACGCCAGGCAGACGCGGUCACGUGAAAUCAGCCGUGCAUGAAUCCAAGCCCAAUCUCCUCCUGUGAUCUAGCCAAGAUAAUUCGAAUAGGAAUUUGGAUCCCUUCUCACUCCAAGUGGAUGCUAUGCGAUGCCAGCCAUCUGCUCUUGUCUUCGAUCGCCUGAGGAUAAGGCUUUCCCCAGAUGACAUGCCACGGACAGAUCGCCCUGUCUCCAGUCCAUGCUACCAAGUCAUGCGCGGCGACCCACUCGGUGCCACCACCAAGAUGCACUUCAGGUGUGCGUGGACAAGAGACCUGCAUAGCCUCAGGUGACGAGAGUUUCUGCUUGGUUUUCUGCCGCGCGUGCUGUGCACGGAGUCCCGACGCCUUCGAGUGCCAGCCCAAGACGCAGUGUGUGGACGAUUGUCAAGGACUGUAGCGUCCUAGUAUCUAACAAGUAUC